AUGGCUAAAUGGGGAUUCGCCUUAUCCAAACAAGAAAUUCAGUUAGUUGUGCAAACAUAUGUUAAUGAAAAUGCUAUAAAAACCACAUUUAAGGAAGGCAAACCUGAUGACGAUUGGUUUCGUUCGUUCUAUAAAAGAAAUCGACUGAGCCAGAAGAAAAUGGAACAACUAGAAAAGUGUAGGAGAACAGCUACCAGCGACCCUUUUAUAAUAUAUUCCUUUUAUGAUCGCCUGGGUGAAACAAUCCAACAACUUGGUUUGCAAGACAAGCCUGCACACAUAUUUAACUUGGAUGAAACAGAGUUUAAUAUGGAUCCAGGUAGAAUAAAAGGAGUUGCAGCAUUGGGCCAAAAAGUUCAUAGAAGCAUAGAAGGAUCUGGUAAAGAAAACAUUACAACCAUGGCGUGUAUUUCUGCUAGCGGCGUAUUAUUACCGCCAUUAAUUAUAUAUCAAGGACAAAACCUGUGGAGCACAUGGAAGGGAUCAAACGAUUUGGAAGGAACCUGCUAUGCUGUCUCUGAUAAAGGCUGGAUGACAACUGCGGUCUUUAAUAGUUGGUUUUCCAAAUUUUGUUCAAUAGUUUCCGAAAGGCCGCUGUUACUUAUAAUGGAUGGUCACGUCUCACAUCUGGAUAGGGGAACCAUUGAACUUGCCAUACAAAAUAAUAUCAUAUUGUUUAAAUUACCACCUCAUGCUACAAAUAUUUUGCAACCGUUGGAUAAGUGUUGCUUUGCAUCUCUGAAGCUAAAAUGGAACCAAAAGCUUACAGAGUGGCAGAGAUUAAAUCAUAGACGUCUCACCAAAAGCGAAUUUGCUGAUUUGAUCUGCGAGUUAUGGAAUGAAGGUAUUACAGAGGCUAUAAUAAAAAAGUCGUUUGAAUCGACUGGCAUAUAUCCUUGCUCUAGGGAAAAAUAUCCAGUCGACCGUCUUAAUAAAAUUAAAUUGCAAAAAUUAAAUGAAAGUGUUCAAAACCCCAAUCCAUUAGAUGUGUUUGAAUUAAACCAAGAAAAGAAAAAUGAUGAGAUUGGAGCAAACAAUGUAAACAAUAGCGAACAGAAAAUAAUUGAAAAAGAAACAACAAACGAGACUAAUGACACUAAAACAUUUCAAGAUAAUAAUGUUAAGCCACAACCGUCUUUGUCCACUUCAUUCGAGAAUAUUUUGCUAAAUAAGAUAAGCAAAACAAAUCCUGAAAUAAAGCGAAGGAGAAAAGUUAAUUCCAGUUGUGCUGUUUUAACUAGCGCCGAAUAUUUAGAUAGUAUUAGGUAA